AUGCAGGCGCCUGAGCGGAGUUCGUCUGUCGACCUCUCCAGCGUUCCUGGCAGCGAUUCGGAACCACCGCAUGGCUUGCAAAACCAUUCUCAUCAGUCGAUCUCGUCGACGCAUUACCCUGCUGGCGACCCUUACCAGAAUGCACAAGCUCCGGCCAAAGUGCUUGCAAACCGCCAAGAUUCUGUACCUGUCAAGAAGACUCGCAAGCCACGCACCACAAAACCCAAGGCUGAUCCUGAUGCUCCCAAGCCGGCUAGAAAACCGCGUGCCGCCAAUGGGACUGGCACUGCACGCAAGAAGCAAAAAGUUGAAGCUGCGGAAAGUCAACCUACGAUUCAGUCAAUUCCACCUUCGACGAACUUGCAGCAAUCAAGGCUAGUAGAACCGUACCAAUUUCCACAGAGCCACCCAACCUCGGCGCCACGAAGCGAUAUGACUGAAGCUGCCAAGCCUCCCCAAAACGGCUUCUCGAACACAACUCCAUCGAUGCAACCAUACCACACCGCGCCGCCACCCCAACCAACACCUCCACGAGUGACUUCCAUGUAUGACCCUAUCAGAGGAUCUAUGACUGUCCAAGAGCCUCAGCCUGUGUAUUCAUCGCAUGUGGCUCACACGCCGCCCAGACCAGUUUCACGGCCUGGUGCUUCACCUAUAUCAAGCCUCAUUGACCCUCCUGCGCCUUCUAUGCCUACAGCUCCUUCACCGCUGCGGACAUAUGUCACCCCCUCGUCAGAACCCCAAGUUGCGCCUCCACGAACAUCCCCACCACAGCCCAACCACACAAUGGAUGUUGAUCCGCCAGACACAACAAAUUCUCGCAAGACAUCUGUGACCAAGAAACCAGCCUCGGAAGCACCGACACGCCAGGCGUCACCCAAACCUCGCGCUAAGGAGCAGCCACCGCCAAUGCCGACUGGUUCAGGUCUGCUGUCUGCUAGCAUGUUCGGCGGCGAGAUGAGUCUGGUUGAGAAAAGCGAUCCAACCGCUACUGGGCCGAACAUUGUUCUUCAUGUGGACCUCAAAGACUCCAAAAAUAAGGUCGUCAACUUUGCCCGCAUGGCUGAAGAGAAAUACGGGUUUGCAGCUCUCUACCCGCGACAAGCUGCCCAACGUGAGCGACUGGCUCGAGUAGCUGCUGCCGGUGCGGCGCUGGAGCGUUCCGGGUCCGGGAGCAAGGCCAACUCAGCAGGCGAGAGUGGCGACGAUGACGGCAGUGUCGACAUCGAUCGGGACUCAGAGAACGAUGGCGAUGUGGCCAUGGGAGGUGUUAACGGCACUGGUGAGGGUAACAGUGCUACGGAAGAGGAGCCCAAAAAGAAAGCCAAACGCAGGAGAAAGGUCGAAGAAUAUGACCUCGAUGAUGACUUUGUCGACGACAGUGAGCAAGUAUGGGAGGCACAAGCCGCCACCAGUAAAGAAGGGUUCUUUGUCUACUGCGGCCCGCUGGUAGCCGAGGGCGAGAAGCCGACCAUUGAGAGGGCUGACGGCACCGUCAAACGUGGGGGACGUGGUCGAGGUAGAGGCGGCGGUCCUGGAUCACGCGGCGGUCGAGGCUCUCGUGCUGCUGCGGCUGCUGCGCGGGAUUCUGUCGCCACGCCAAACGCACCGAACGCAGAAGAACGGCCUAAGUCGGGACCAGGCUCCAGAGGCGGCAAGAUCACACGCAGACCUCGAGCGAGGAUGGCACCGCAAGAGGAUCGGCAGCAAGCGUCUACACAAAAGGCUCUCGGCGUUGAAAAUCUUGUCAAUGCCCCCGAGGCGAAACCCGUGCUGCUCAAUGCCUAA